UGUAACGCGUUGCGCUGCUUACGCGCCGUUUAUAAAACAAAUUAAUUGCAACAAUAAUUGUGGCAAGUGCUAAAGUGUUUAUUGAGCGAGCAACGCGAGUGUGCAGCCAAAGAAAAUGCCGCAAAACGUGAGAAAUGCAAGAAAUUGUUAUCGCCGCCGCGCCACUGGCUAAUGUUGCUGCCAACUUGCUGGAAAAUUCCGAAGUGUUAACUAUAUUUUUGCUGUUUUUAUAAGAUUAAAUGUUACUAAAAUGCAUUAAACAAUGUGCGUGCGUGAUGUGAUGUGCAAAAGAGAUGCGCGCAGAGACGCAGACAACGUGAAGAACGUAAACAAAAGCAACAACAACAUUAGUAGCAAUAACAAUGAUAACAAACAAAAUGCGCUUAGACUAAGGCACUGUAUUUGAGUCGCACUGUUCCCACACCGCCAAACACCACCCUCUCCACCCCUCCUCUAACUGCUCGCUGCACUCUCAACACUCGCACACGAAAUUCGUUAAGCAAAGUGCAGCGAAAACAAACGCUCGCGCACCCAGUAGGAACGCCAGCCCUUACCAAGAAACCAAAAUAACCAACAUAAUCAACCAGCAUGCAGGCAAAAAAACGCUACAUACUCGUAUUUGUGUCGUGCGCGUUUCUGGCCUAUUGUUACUUUGGUGGCUACAGGCUGAAAUUAACGCCGCAUCGUCCGCGUCGCGCCCAGCACGAGUCGGCCAAGGAUGGUGGCGUGCAACCUUACGCCCAGUUGCCCAGUUUCAUUAGCAGCGCGCAACGCCAGCCAUUGUCCAAUGAAUCGAAUGCAGCAGUAGUGAUUCAAUCCAAGCAUAAAUCCGUUGGCGCUGCUUCUGCUGCUGCCACUGCCGCUGGCAGUUGUCGCAUGGACACAUGCUUCGAUUUUACCAAAUGCUAUGAACAGUUUUUGGUCUAUGUUUACCCGCCGGAGCCGUUGAAUUCGCUGGGCGCUGCGCCACCCAGUUCGGCUAACUAUCAGAAGAUACUCACUGCCAUACAAGAGUCGCGUUAUCACACCAGCGAUCCCGCCGCCGCCUGCCUAUUUGUGCUGGGCAUUGAUACACUGGAUCGCGACUCUUUGUCCGAGGAUUAUGUGCGCAAUGUGCCGUCGCGUCUGGCCAGACUGCCGCAUUGGAACAAUGGACGCAAUCACAUCAUUUUCAAUCUCUACUCAGGCACCUGGCCGGACUAUGCGGAGCAUUCGCUCGGCUUCGAUGCCGGCGAGGCCAUACUGGCCAAGGCGAGCAUGAGUGUGCUCCAGAUGCGUCAUGGCUUCGAUGUUAGCAUUCCACUCUUUCAUAAACAAUUUCCAUUGCGUGCCGGCGCCACCGGCUCCGUGCAGUCCAACAAUUUUCCCGCCAACAAAAAGUAUUUGCUGGCAUUCAAAGGCAAGCGCUACGUGCACGGCAUCGGUUCGGAAACGCGCAACUCGCUCUUCCAUUUGCACAAUGGUCGCGACAUGGUUAUGGUUACUACCUGCCGGCAUGGCAAGAGCUGGCGUGAGCUGCAGGACAAUCGCUGCGAUGAGGAUAAUCGCGAAUAUGACAGAUACGACUAUGAGACGCUGUUGCAAAAUUCCACGUUUUGUUUGGUGCCACGCGGACGUCGCUUGGGCUCGUUCAGAUUUCUUGAAGCUUUGCAGGCUGGCUGCAUUCCCGUGCUAUUGUCCAAUGCUUGGGUGUUGCCAUUUGAAUCGAAAAUCGAUUGGAAACAGGCUGCCAUUUGGGCCGAUGAACGGCUGUUGUUGCAGGUGCCCGACAUUGUGCGCUCCAUUUCAGCGGAACGCAUCUUCGCCCUACGCCAGCAGACGCAGGUCCUGUGGGAGCGCUACUUUGGCUCCAUCGAAAAAAUCGUGUUUACUACACUCGAGAUCAUACGCGAACGCUUGCCCGAUUAUCCAGAACGCAGCAGUCUCGUUUGGAACUCGGCGCCAGGCGCGCUGCUUACGCUGCCCACAUUUGCCGAUAGCUCGAGAUUUAUGCCGUUUCUAUUGAAUGCACUGGGCGUGGAGCCGCGUCACAAUUAUACAGCCGUUAUCUAUGUUCAAAUCGGCGCCGCCUUGGGACCCAAUGCAGCGCUCUACAAACUAGUCAAGACCAUUACUAAGAGUCAAUUUGUGGAUAGAAUACUUAUACUCUGGGCAGCUGAUCGUCCGCUGCCGCUGAAGAAACGCUGGCCACCUACAAAUCACAUACCGCUGCAUGUCAUCGCCUUGGCGGGCAGCACACGCUCGCUUAAUGGCCCAACAGGGCAAACUGGGCCCGAGGUCAGACCCAGCAUAUCACAGCGCUUUCUGCCCUACGACGAGAUACAAACGGAUGCAGUGCUAUCGCUGGAUGAGGAUGCCAUACUCAACACCGAUGAGCUGGACUUUGCCUACACCGUCUGGCGUGACUUUCCGGAACGCAUUGUGGGCUAUCCAGCGCGCGCGCAUUUCUGGGAUGAUUCCAAGAACGCCUGGGGCUAUACGUCCAAGUGGACAAACUACUAUUCGAUUGUAUUGACUGGCGCGGCGUUUUAUCAUCGCUACUAUAACUAUCUGUAUACCAAUUGGCUGUCGUUGCUGUUAUUAAAGACUGUACAGCAAUCCUCGAAUUGCGAGGAUAUACUAAUGAACCUGCUGGUCUCGCAUGUGACCAGAAAACCGCCGAUUAAAGUGACGCAGCGCAAGGGUUACAAGGAUCGUGAAACUGCUCGCUCGCCCUGGAAUGAUCCCGAUCAUUUUAUACAGCGACAGAGUUGCCUCAAUACAUUCGCCGCGGUCUUUGGUUAUAUGCCGCUUAUACGUUCCAAUUUACGCAUGGAUCCCAUGUUAUAUCGUGAUCCGGUCUCCAAUUUGCGUAAAAAGUAUCGACAAAUUGAAUUAGUUGGGAGCUAGCGUUAUGUGCAAAUUGCCAAUAGCUACAAGCGUUAAGAGUACUGAAUUUCACACCACCACACAACACACACAUAUACUCACACACACACAUAAGCAGCAGUCUAUAUAUAUACACACACACACACACACACAGACACGGGAAAAACUGCUGUUUAUUGACGCUGCGUAGCGCCGCAAACUAUGUUAAUUAUUAUUAGUAGCGAAUGGAAAAAAGUUAGUUAGGAUUCGAUAUGUAUGUAACUGAAUAGAGCAAACAGCAUUGCGAUUUAAUAGUAUGUAUAUCAACAUAUAUAUACACACAGCAGAUUUGUAUGUAUAUACAUAGAUGAAAGCUAUAUAUAAUGAAAUUAUAGUUAGCUUUAGUUAAAGCUGCUGUUGCCAGCAGGCGCGCCAUGUUUUUGCU